UCCCAUAAAUCUAAUGGAUCAACUCUAAUCAGAAUGUGAUUUUUAAGUCUAUGAAAAUAAUUAACAUGGUUUAUAUUAACUUACUUUCUAUACCAUGGUCCUUUAGUGCUGCUUUGAGUUUAUUUUGAAUUGCUUGAUUAUUUUUUUGGCUAGGCUUUGUUUUUGUCAGUUAGUAAUACAGUAAUCAAAUACGUAGUGGGGUGGGGGAGGUUCGCAGAGUAGUCUGAGGUGUUUCAUUAAGUCAGAGGGAGGUUUUGGCAUGCCUGAACUAUGCUGCUUGUUGCUAGGCUACCACCAGCCCUUAUAGCUAGAAUUGAAGUUAAAAUCCAUGUUGGAUUUCUCGAUGAUUCUCAGUGCAUCUCUAUUUUGUUAUUUGGCGUAUAAUUAGUCAACUUCUUGAAGCAAAAAUUAUAGUUUUUCCUCCUUUGGGCUUUCAGCAAGCUAAUUAUUUUUGUGUAACUGCUUUUGCUAAUUAUGCAGAUGCCUUAUUCUGGGACAAAUAUAUUUUCAGCAUGAAAGAGCCAAUAAUUGCCAGCUAGUCAGCUGCUGUAUUUGUGUGGCAUUGUGUGAUGAUCCUUAGUUGGAUGCAAUAUAGAGAGAGGCUAUUUGACUUAAACAGAGACUACAAGAAAUUCAUGUUUAUGGGUUUCCCUGGUAUUAUGUCUGGAAGACCUGAACAUAAAGUGUACAGUUUUUCCGUGUGUCUGAAUUGUCUUGAUCGGACCUGGACUUCAGGAGACUUUUUAUAAUGAAGUUUCAGGACAGAUUAAGAACACAGUGAACUACUGAGUGAUACAGGCUGAUAGGAAAUGAUGACUCAAACCAAAGCUAUUAGUAAUCAAAACAUUUCAGUGUUUUGGUUUGUGGUUUGUUUUUUUUUUUUUAUGCUCAUGGUCAUUGCAAUAUCAUAAUAUGACAUUCCUUGAUGUAAACCCCCAUUUUUUUAACAUAAGUCACAAUUUUAGGGAAAUUAUUCUACAUUGGUGCAUGCAGGAUUACUGCAGUGGUGAGCCAGUGCGGUGGUACCUGCGAGUAGGGAGGGGAUUGAACUUCCUUGUCUAUGUUGAAUUUUGACUUUGCUUGGGAGAGCAAGAUUUAGGGAUAGUGGAGGUGGCAGUGGUCUUGGGCUGCAGGGAAGUCAAAGCAGGAGAUCUUGAAGCCAGAAGUCUGGAGCUGAGAUCUCUCUUACAGAUAUUUGCACUGAGUAAGGUGAGAGGAUGCAAUUUCAGUGGUUGGCUGUGUAAGUUCUAAGAGUAAGCAGGUUAAUCAAAACAAUGCUAAAAUAGCAGAUGUGGUAAUUCUAGUUACUGAAAGCCUAUGAAGAAGGAGCAAUGUUAUUCUUGAGUAGAACUACUUCUGUAUUUGAAAUAUUAUUUAAGGUAAAUAUACUAUUUGCUGAAUGAAUUCUCUGUAUCACGUUGGAAACUUGAAGGCAAUUAGAUGGAAACUAGAACUAUUCUAGAUUCCUGUGUUUUGCUGGUAAUAAAGCUGAGUCACUGAGUACUAUUUUGAAAUUUAUUAUAAGGAGGACAAGUCACCCACAUUCAUGAAGCACUGCCGUGCAUCUGUGGGUGUGAUAUUGCUUGUUUGUCAAUACACAUCCAAGCAGCAGAAUUACAGACUGGAAGGAGGGGUCGCUGUCUGUGUUAACACAGAGAGGUUUAGAAGCAACAAACAUUACUUCUUGUGCAAUUGAAUUUCCAUUAUGGCUUGUUUUUUAUUAAUACUCUUUUCAGGUUGAAAUAGAAAAUUAAAUAGAAAAUUCAUUUCAUUGACUCAGUGUUCCUGUGGCAUGAAAAAAGCAAGGAAAUACUUUCACCUGCAUGGGGACAGAGAGAGCAGUAAUGUCUGAGUGAUAUUUGAAUGAGUACUAUUAACCAAUAGUACAUCCUUGUGGAAGGUAUAAAUGGACAAGAUGAGCUCUGCUCCCUUUGUAUUACACAACUUUGUAAAUAAGCAUAUUACUGCCUCCUGGAUUCUAAACUCUCAAAUUUAGAAGGGAGGCACGUGAGCAAGCAGGCAUAGGAGAUUGCAUGGGGCUCAGCUGAAAGCAGGCUUUUAUUUUGGAGGAGAGGUGGCAAUCACUGCCUGCUAGGUCACACUGAGUGAGGGUGGAGAGUUUGCUGGUGGUUAAGUUGCUGAGAGAUGUACUGUAGGGCUGCUCCUGGAGCACAGUGCUCUUCCUCAGCAUCUCAGGGGCACUGCAGAUAAUGACUACAGGGAAAGAUAAAAUUUUUGAUGAUGAAGACUCCGUGGAUGGGAACAGACCUUCCUCAGCUAGCUCCUCUACGUCUUCAAAGGCCCCUGCAAACUCACGCAGAGUUGGGAUGGGGACUACCCGCAGACUUGGGUCUGCAGCUCUGGGCUCCAAGUCCUCAACAGCCAAAGAGGGAGCAGGUGCUGUGGAUGAAGAAGACUUUAUUAAGGCAUUUGAAGAUGUCCCAACGGUUCAGAUUUAUUCCAGCCGGGAUCUUGAGGAAUCCAUAAACAAAAUAAGAGAGAUACUAUCAGAUGAUAAGCAUGACUGGGAACAGAGAGUUUCUGCGUUGAAAAAGAUCCGCUCCUUACUUUUGGCUGGAGCUGCAGAAUAUGAUAACUUCUUCCAACAUUUGAGACUUCUGGAUGGAGCAUUUAAAUUAUCUGCUAAAGACCUGCGGUCUCAAGUAGUACGAGAGGCUUGUAUCACGUUGGGACAUUUAUCAUCAGUUCUGGGAAACAAGUUUGACCAUGGGGCAGAAGCCAUCAUGCCAACAAUUUUUAAUCUAAUUCCGAAUAGUGCCAAAGUCAUGGCCACUUCUGGUGUUGUAGCAGUUAGAUUAAUCAUUCGACAUACACACAUCCCUCGAUUAAUACCCAUCAUAACCAGUAAUUGUACCUCCAAGUCUGUUGCAGUUAGAAGGCGCUGUUUUGAAUUUUUAGAUUUGCUGUUGCAGGAGUGGCAAACGCACUCCCUAGAAAGACACAUAUCAGUGUUAGCUGAAACAAUAAAGAAGGGAAUUCAUGAUGCGGACUCUGAAGCCAGGAUAGAGGCAAGAAAGUGUUACUGGGGUUUCCACGGUCACUUCAGCCGAGAGGCAGAGCAUUUGUACCACACCUUGGAGUCUUCCUACCAGAAGGCUCUGCAGUCACAUUUGAAGAACUCUGACAGCAUCGUGUCCUUGCCACAAUCAGAUCGCUCUUCUUCCAGCUCCCAGGAGAGUCUCAACCGUCCUUUGUCUGCCAAAAGAAGUCCUACUGGAAGUACUACAUCUAGAGCAUCUACAGUAAGUACAAAAUCUGUGUCAACACCAGGAUCUCUGCAGCGAUCCCGCAGUGACGUCGAUGUGAAUGCAGCAGCUAGUGCCAAGUCAAAAGUGACGUCUUCUGGAGCAUCCACCCCCUUCAGUUCUGCUGCAGCCUUGCCCCCAGGCUCAUACGCAUCACUAGAUGGUACUACCAGUAAAACUGAGGGUCGGAUUCGUACAAGGAGACAGAGCUCUGGCAGUGCGACAAGCGUCACCUCAAUGCCUGCUGAUACCCGAGGCCGCAGCCGGGCUAAAGUAGUUUCCCAGUCCCAGCGAUCCAGAUCAGCUAAUCCUGCUGGUGCUGGUAGCCGGUCCAGUUCCCCGGGUAAGCUCUUAGGAAGCGCCUAUGGUGGCCUGAGUGGUGGAACAUCCAGAGUCCAGCCAGUGCCAUCAUCUUCAGAGAAGCGCAGCAAGAUCCCUCGGAGCCAGGGAUGCAGUCGAGAGACGAGUCCCAGCAGAAUAGGACUAGCACGGAGCAGUCGUAUCCCCCGACCCAGCAUGAGUCAGGGGUGCAGUCGUGAUACCAGCCGUGAGAGCAGUCGAGAUACAAGCCCUGCUCGGGGCUUUCCUCCACUUGCUUCUCGACGUCAUUCCAGGUCCACUAGUGCUCUCUCCACUGCUGAUUCUGUUGGGCAGUCAGACCGGUUUGGACUCGGACAACCAGGCAGGAUGCCUGCUUCUGUGAAUGCCAUGCGAGUCCUGAGCACAAGCACAGAUCUGGAGGCUGCUGUGGCCGAUGCACUGCUGUUAGGAGACUCCAGGAGCAAGAAAAAGCCAGUGAGAAGAAGAUAUGAACCCUAUGGGAUGUACUCCGAUGAUGAUGCUAACAGUGAUGCAUCAAGCGCUUGCUCAGAGCGCUCCUAUGGUUCCAGGAAUGGGGGCAUUCCACACUACCUGCGGCAGACUGAAGAUGUGGCUGAGGUUUUGAACCACUGUGCCAGCUCCAACUGGUCUGAAAGGAAAGAGGGGCUCAUAGGUCUUCAGAACUUACUGAAAAGUCAGCGAACACUGAGCCGAGUAGAGUUAAAAAGGCUAUGUGAAAUAUUUACUCGCAUGUUUGCUGACCCUCACAGCAAGAGAGUCUUCAGCAUGUUUCUGGAAACCCUGGUUGAUUUCAUCAUCAUUCAUAAAGAUGACUUGCAGGAUUGGCUUUUUGUUCUCCUGACCCAGUUACUAAAGAAAAUGGGAGCAGAUUUGCUGGGGUCUGUGCAGGCAAAAGUGCAAAAAGCUCUGGAUGUCACCAGGGAUUCUUUUCCAUUUGAUCAACAAUUUAACAUUUUGAUGAGGUUUAUUGUAGAUCAGACCCAAACACCAAACCUGAAGGUGAAAGUUGCUAUCCUGAAGUAUAUUGAGUCCUUGGCAAGACAGAUGGAUCCAACAGACUUUGUGAACUCUAGUGAGACAAGACUUGCUGUAUCUAGAAUUAUAACUUGGACAACAGAACCAAAGAGCUCAGAUGUGAGAAAGGCAGCACAAAUAGUCCUGAUUUCUCUCUUUGAAUUGAACACUCCUGAGUUUACCAUGUUACUUGGUGCCUUGCCAAAAACGUUCCAGGAUGGUGCUACCAAGCUCCUGCACAACCACCUCAAGAACUCGAGUAACACCAGUGUGGGUUCCCCCAGCAAUACCCUUGGUCGGACUCCUUCGCGGCACUCCAGCAGCAGAACCAGCCCCUUAACUUCACCUACCAACUGUUCCCACGGUGGGCUGUCUCCAAGUCGGUUCUGGGGUUGGAGUGCAGAUGGGCUGUCGAAGCACCCCCCUCCCCUUUCUCAGCCUAACUCCAUCCCCACUGCUCCUUCCCACAAGACUUUCAGACGCUCUUACUCUCCCAGUAUGCUGGAUUAUGACACGGAGAACCUAAAUUCUGAUGAAAUCUACAGCUCUCUUCGUGGAGUCACAGAAGCAAUUGAAAAAUUUAGUUUCCGUAGUCAAGAGGACCUGAAUGAACCAAUCAAACGUGAUGGAAAGAAAGACUGUGACAUUAUCCCCCAGGUGUCUCGAGAUGGUGGCCUUGCUGUGCCUACCAGUGAUGUCCGUGGAAGCAGUGACAUUGUGGAAGGCGGAAGGAUGGCCCUAGAUAACAAAACUUCUCUUCUUAACACCCAGCCUCCCCGCGCCUUUUCAGGGCCACGUGCUCGAGAAUAUAACCCCUAUCCUUAUGCUGACACAAUUAACACCUAUGACAAGACUGCCCUGAAGGAAGCAGUAUUCGAUGAUGACAUGGAUCAGCUUCGGGAUGAAGUGCCCACUGACCAUUCAGAUUUGGUGGCUGAUCUUCUAAAAGAGCUCUCCAACCACAACGAACGGGUGGAGGAGCGGAAAGGAGCUCUCCUGGAACUGCUGAAGAUCACAAGGGAAGAUAAUCUUGGAGUUUGGGAGGAACAUUUCAAAACCAUUCUGCUCUUGCUGCUGGAAACUCUUGGAGACAAAGAUCAUUCAAUAAGAGCCCUGGCACUGCGAGUCCUGAGAGAGAUCUUACGGAACCAGCCAGCAAGGUUUAAGAACUAUGCGGAGUUGACUAUCAUGAAAACGCUGGAAGCACAUAAAGAUUCCCACAAGGAGGUCGUCAGAGCUGCUGAAGAAGCUGCUUCCACCCUGGCAAGUUCCAUCCACCCUGAGCAAUGCAUCAAGGUGCUUUGCCCCAUCAUUCAGACUGCAGAUUAUCCAAUUAAUUUAGCUGCCAUCAAAAUGCAGACGAAAGUAAUUGAGAGGAUUUCCAAGGAAUCGUUGCAUCAGCUCCUUCCUGAUAUCAUUCCUGGGUUAUUACAGGGUUAUGAUAAUACGGAGAGCAGCGUCCGUAAAGCUAGCGUAUUUUGCCUAGUGGCAAUUUAUUCAGUAAUUGGAGAAGAACUGAAACCUCAUCUCGCACAACUCACGGGAAGCAAGAUGAAGCUACUAAACUUGUACAUAAAGAGGGCCCAGACCACCAACAGCAACAGCAGUUCCUCUUCAGAUGUUUCAACGCACAGUUAAUGGAGAUAUGUGGACAUAUGUGUAGACUUAGAAGCAAUCAACGGUGCCUCUCAGAGACCUUUCUGCUACUCUUCACUGGCGCGCUCCAUCAGCUCAAGGAGGCCAUGCAGAUAUUUAUUGCAAUCAGUAUUUUAGUCCCUUAAAAGCUUUUAUGUAGAAUCUUACUGGUAUUGAAUGUAAAGGAAGCAAGGUCUAUGUUGCAGUCUUCAUUAAAAGUGAACAACAGAAAGCCAUACUUAAACAUACUUGUAUAGCCUGCUGAAAUCUCAGAAAUAUGUUUAGGUUAGCGUUCCAAAACUGAGUCCAGGAACCUGGACAUGCGUAAAAAUCAAACAAAUCUUGUUGGUUUAGUUCAUACCCAGUUUUGGUUUCUGUGUGCUGGUUACCUGCUCUCUCGGCCAUUCCGGCUAGGUUCUCCUCUUCUUGCAAGUCUUGUGGUCCUGUUUUGUACUCCCUGCUGCAGCUUGCCUAGCAUGCAGAGCUGUCUUCAGGGACAUCUUUGCAGAUGUGGUUGUGAUUCCACCCUUGGAUGCUUUAAUACUGAGAGAUAUCAAGUGAGUAAUGAAAAAGUAGGUUCUUUUUAAACAUCUGACUUUUUGUACAUAGUUCUUCUGACUGACCUCCAGUGGGCUAAUUUCUGUGUAACUGCUCUCCAGCCAGCUGUGCUGUGCAGAACAGCUGGGCUCUUGCUCCUUUCAUUGACUAUGUAAAUACUUCUCCCCUCCUAACCCAUUUGGCUAUUUCAUAUGCUCAAAAGACUCUCCAGGUUACUUGUUACUCCACAAAGGGAACCUGAGACCCAGUUCUGGGACUGAUGGCCUGCGAACAGGACACUGGAGUUAGGUGGGUGGGUGUUGGAUUAGGUUCUGAGUGUGCCAUGGGUAGGCAGUGGCAGCUGGCAGGGCUCUAUCUCAGUGCUGCCUUGUGAGGCUAGCUGCAUUUUUGAAGUAUAUAGUGUCAAAGGGCUGAUCUGCUCUGACCCAACCCACUGGUGUUGGGUGGUGAACGGCUUUGUCCCACAACUCCUUUGUGCUUUGGGCAAAAUGUUCACCCCAGAGGACAGAAAAGGUGUCUGAAACUGAACAAAAAAUUCCCAUGGAAGCACCUGCUGAGCCAGCUGCGACAAUGCUGGUUGCCUGCCACAUCUCUCCUCCUGUGCCUGAAGAGACUGCAGUGCUGUUAGCUGCCUUUAGAAACCUUCUUCUUCCUGGCCAGCACCACGCACAGCCCUGAUGGGUGCUCUGCAUUUUGGAGGGGUGUGGAGAGGCCUUGCUGGGCACUACUGCCAGCAGGGUGCUCUGGGUAAGGGUGCCACAGGGCAAAUCCUUUUGCAGCCUGGUGACGCAGACCACGUCAGAGCCAAACCAGCAGCAGCCAAAUACCUCACAGCACCAGCUUUCCCAAAGGAAGACUCUCUGUUUGCAGAGGGUGAGCUCCCCUGCCUCUGCCUGUAACCAGGGGAAGGAGGAGGAUGCUAGUGCUGUGUUUGGCCCUGGGCUGGAUCCCAGCUGAUGGGCAUGCCCACGCCAAACAUGAAAUGGAUCGGAACUGGCUUUUUGCCCCCACUGCCAGCAAUGCAAGAGGAUGAUGGACCUGCAGCUUAUGGCUGCAGCUGUGGUGAUGGAUGUGUGCUCCCUGGCUGUUCUCAGUGUCUUGGUCUUUCUCUAAGCCCUCCAUUUCCCCUUUGGGGAGCUGAAGGGACACCUUGGUAGUGUACUGAGAACGUGAGAGUCUAUGCAGCGUGAGAGUGCAGUGGGGAGGGUAAAGCCACAUUGUCCUCCCUUGCCAUCAGUUUAUCCCUGUGUCUCAGCCCUCGCCUCAAGGAGCUGGGAGGUGAUGCUUGGUGCCAGCUUCCCUCCCAGUCCUCAGCUCAGGAAGGACUGGGGCUGGUGGGGACUAUGUGAGAUUGGACUGCAAAGCUUGUUGGUCCUUUUCCUUGCUGAUGUGAGAACAGAGGAGGUGACCUGCUCCCAAGUUUGUCAGGAUGUGUCCAGGCUUUUGCUUGCUGCACAGUUAGUUCCCUCAACUUUCCCAAUGAGUAAUGCCAUAGCAGGAGAAACAGUGAGAUCUUUGUGGGUGGGAUUCCCCCAGGGUCUUUCCCACAGGCUCAGAAAAGCCAUCCUCACCAGAGGGGAAGGAUUGGCUGCUCCAUGGUUGGUGUCUCCCUUUCCGUGGACCAUUUCUUUUCAACAUCUUUCAGUAUGCUUGUUAGAAUAUCCUUCUUCUUUUUCUUUUUUUUUUUAAAUUUUGAAUGAUUCAGAUUAUUUUACUCUAACACAAAUUUAUUUUCCCUUUUGAGGAAAUACUCAGCCAACUUGUUGGCAGCAGUUAGCUGUCUUGUGUGAAUUUUUAGUAGUGGCUUUGUGGUUUUUUCUUGUUUGGUUUGUUUUUGAUUUUUUUUUUUUAAUUUGUACUUUGACUGUUUAGUAUUUAUGCCUUUCUUUCUCCCCAUCUCAGUUCAGCAUCUUCUGUUCCAGAUCUGUGGUUCAGAAGGUCAGCACAGCUGACCAGAUGGAGAUUAGUCCCUCCCAGCUGUAAUGGAGCUUGGUCAGUCACCGUUUGCUGUUUGUUUCUUUGUUUUUGUUUUUAAUGGCACACUGUAUUAGAUCUCCAGGAAUUGAAUUCCGUCUCAAAUGUUUUUAUAUGUUUUAUCAAAUCCUGUUAGUAUGCACUGAGAGUGAAUGCACUGUAUCGUCCCUGAACUGAUGCUGGUGCGUGUGCUGACACUGCGGUAGGAGUUAACAGCUCAUCCUUGACAAGAUACGUGCAACCGGCUGCUGCUCCAGUGACCUGUGUUUUCCAAUACUAUUGGCACACUCGGGACUGCAAAUGGUAGAACCAGGCCUUACUUUCUGAAUGAGAUUCGGUUCUGUUUGUCAACAGAUGCUCUUUAACGUGCUACUUAAUUUUGUUAACGUGAGUCAGUCGAGGACUGUUCAUCCUUUGAGUACUCUAGAAGUAUGUUAUACCUGUAUACAGUAGAGAGCAUUCUGCUUAGGUAUUUAUAAAUCAUUGCGUAUAAUGUACAUAGUAAGGUUGUUUAGUAUGUUGAACAUGACCCGAUUAAUUUUUUUGUGUUUCCUUUGAAGUACUCAAAGGGCUAGCUCUGAAUGUCACCUCUCUGAUCUCUAGUGUUCUGACUUCAACAAGCUGUACAAUCAUUUUGUUUUCAGCAAGCAUAAAGGUCUCUCUGGCUACAAAUCACAGUGUCCAUGCACGCUUGCAGAGAAAGAUCUGCAUGCUGGCAGUGCCUCACCGCACCGGUGAAGCUUGUGUUCAUGUUCCCCCAGCAGUAGGCACCUACUGCAGCUGCCUUUUUUUUCCCUUGCUGCCCAUUAUGCAGGGCUUCAAUUUUUCGUAUCUUAAAAAAAAAAAAAAAAAAAAAAAAAAAAAAAGAGAGAGAGAGAGAGAGAAGAAAAAAGAAAAAAAAUAGUGUAUUUUCUUUGCCCACCAUGCUUUAGAAGUCUGAAUGGGAGAAAACUCUCAGCAGACAGUGGCUCCUGGCUGCAAGGUUGCUGAAAUUUCAGAUGUGGAUGUUUUUUCUGCCAUUGGCUGCACCAGUGCUCCGUGGGCAUGGGCAAAUACCAGAUCCAUCCGCCCCACAGGUCUACGUACUGUAGUUCUCAUGUAGUGCAGAAAUAUCGAGGCAUGUGGCUUUCUUAAGGUACACUAUGUGUGCUUGCCUGGAUUACAAUACAAUACGAGACUGUCUUUUUUUAUUGCUUAUUACUAGCUUACCAAUAACCUGUAUAAGUAAUGUAACUCGCAUCUUUGUCAUCAAAACCUCUUCUCCCCACCCCUUUAUUUAUCAAGCAUAAUAUUACAUAUUAAGGGACAGAAAAAAUAGACCUCUAGUAUACAGCAGGACGUUGCUAACAAUGUUUUAAAUGGGAAGUAAAAACCUCUCUGAAAAAUGCCAGCCAUGAGAAAUGACUUUGUUGGCACCGUGUUCAUGCGCAUGUAUUUUUUUUCUAUUUUUUCCGCUUUUGUCAUGUUACAUCCAUAUCUGUAUUUAUAUCUUAUUUGUUUCACUUUUGAGUGUAUCAUGGCAAUUGUACAGAUGUUUUUUGUUAACAUUUACGUGAUAGAAUUUGCUAAGAAAAAAAAAAAUAAAACCUUUUGAGUUUGCCCUAGAA